AUUACAUCGUUUAGUUGUAGUUUAUACAUCGUCCAGUAUGUGUCAUCAGGAAACGCAUUUUUAUAACUCGGAAUAAAACAAUACCAAUAAAAACUGAAAAUAUAAAAAAUGAGUAAAUUUGAAUUACUACAAACAGUUGAAGAUUUGAAAGUACUCCGUGGCUUGUAUGAAGAAAAAUCAUUAAAAACUCGCCAUGGCUAUUAUACACUUACAAAUUAUGUUCAGUGGUUUGAAUCAAAUCCACAAUUGGAUUUUGUAAAAGCAUAUGUCGUUAGUAAUUCUUGGCGGAAAAGUGGGCUCUUUAUCAUCGAGGAUAUGUAUCAGUACUAUAUAAACUGUGUGACGUACGACGAGGAGGAGGUAUCCACGGCACUCCGGUCAAUCAACUGGGAUCCCAACUUUAAAAUAACAGCUCUGCCGGCAUCACUAAUUGACAUAGUGGAGAAAACCUUUCAGGAAAUUGGAUUACAAUACCGAAAGGUUAAUCUACAAAUAUAUGAACACGAUCCGAAUGCUGCUAUGUAUUCCCAUAUUAGAUGUCCCGAUGAAUUUGUCGUCGAGCCCUUGAAUAUUUCAGAUGCCGCAAUUGUUAAUGACAUUUGGUAUUCUCGUCAAGAAGGUUCUUUAGAAUUUAUCCGAUCCUUAAUUCAAUACAAUAUAAGUCUUGGCGUGUAUCGCAAGGACAACAAAGAACUAGUGGCUUGGUGUACAAGAUGUCAAUGCGGAUUUUUGGGAACCCUACAUGUUCGAGAAGGCUACAGAAGACAUGGCCUUGCAUCAGUGCUCAUCAAGGAAUUUUUUAAACGAGUUUCACAAGAAGGCCAUGCCUUGCGUACCAUGAUCAAUGCGUCGAACGAAAUAUCGAAAAAUCUUUUUACAAAAUUCGGUUUCCAUUCACAGGAAGAAGUCUUCAUCGUACGUUGUCCCUCAAAACAAACAUAGACAAUUAACAGAUUGUCAUUACAAUUUUAUUAUGUAUAUAAAUA